GGCAGAGGUAACUAAGAAACAAAACGAUGCACAGACUUCCUCUGUCGUUUGCUUUGCUCACUUACUGCGGUUACUGGAGACCAGCUAAAUGGCCACACACUUCGCUCAAGUAUCGUCUGUACAACGUUUACUCGGUGUUCAUGAUUUUGCUACUAUACUUCUUCACGUUCUGCUCUUGCGUGGAUUCGUUUACUAGCAAAAACCUGGAGGCUAUGACCGACAAAUUUUCUCUCUGCGUCUCUGUGGUAGGAGUCUGCCUUAAAGUAGCCAAUCUCUUUGUCCGGCGAGGAAAAAUUAUAAAUGUGAUGAAUAUGUUGUUGAACGAGAAUUGUAUUGCGAGAGACGAUCAGGAAGAACGCAUCCAACGAAAGAACGAUGAUUAUGCCAGGUUUUCUUUUUUACAAUAUUCCUUCGUGGACUACACUUACGCGGCUCACGAUCAUCUUGCCAUGAAUUACUGCUUACAAGUUUGUUACAGAAAACUGGCGAUAUACUGCGAGAUCCUGAACGAAUCGGCAGUGUUCUUUGCGACCGUGGGACAAUACAAAAAACUCAUAAGUAUGAGAGAGUUACCAGUGUCCGACUGGAUGCCGUACGAUUUAUCCUCGCAAAAAGUGUACACGAUAUCCCUAGUGUAUCAAACAGUUGGUUUGUUGAUCUGUGCAAAUACCAGCGUGGCCAACGAAACACUGAUCGCAGGAUUGAUGAUACAAGUCGGCACGCAAUUUGAGAUAUUUUGUCAUCGAGCUAGAAAUCUAUCAUUCUCAUUGACGUCAGCGAGAAGGAACACUAUGUCUAACGAAGAAUUCAAGAUAAGAUGCAAUAAGAUUAUUGGGAACUUAAUUAGACAUCACUACGAAAUUUACGAAUUUGCUAAAACAGUAAACAGUGUGUUUCAGUACAUGAUUUUCUUACAAUUUUGCAUAAGUUCGAUAGUACUAUGUCUGAGUGUUUAUCAGUUUUCCAAGGUAGAUCCGUUCAGUAUGAACUUCUUAUGGAGCGGCUUCUAUUUGUGCUGUAUGCUUAUGCAGGUGUAUUUAUACUGUUGGUUUGGGAACGAGGUGACGUUGAAGAGCAACAAAGUUCGCGAUGCUAUUUAUGAUAUGGAUUGGACCAUGCUACCUACUGACGUAAUGAAAAGUUUAUUACUGAUCCUGAUUAGAACUGAUAGACCUGUUAAAAUGACAAGCGGUCACGUUGUUGUUUUAUCUUCGCAAUCUUUCGUGUCACUACUGAAGACUUCUUACUCCGUGUUUAGUGUGUUCCAACAGAGCCAGGAAUCGUGAAAACAAAGGAUAAUUUCUUAACAUAGAACCGUCUUUCUUCGAUUCUUCCGAAUAGGGUAAUAACUGUUCACUUAGAGAAAGGAAAAGAAAAAAACAAAUCUUUCAAAACACUGGAAACUUGCACUAGAGUAUCCGAAGUGCAUUCCAAUAAAUUAUAUGAAACUUGAAUAACACAUAUGUACAUGCUUAAAUCACUUGCCCUUAGCGACACAUUUCACUUGUGUUCCUCUUCUUCCGUCAAUGAAACUAUUCAAAACAAAGUAUAUCGGUAAACCGCGACCUUCUUUCUCUUGCGACCGACGAAAGCAGACUGAUGGUGCUGCGUGUUCUACAGUUUACUUCUUAUUAAUUUUCCCCUCGUGGAGGGGAGACAGAUAAUAGCCGAUGAAUCAUUAUCCAUUUCCACGGCAAAUUCGACCAUUUCUUCGUUUAUC